AUGCAACCUACAAAUUAUACAAUUGCAUUAUUUGUAAAAGAGAAUAAUAAAGAGUAUCAAUUAACAAAUGGAGCCAAUACAAUAGGAAGAUCGAGAUCAAAUACAGUUAAUAUUAAAGAGUGUAAAUUUUUAUCAAGAAAACAUUGUACAAUAUGUAAAUAUCUAAAUCAUAUCUUUAAAGAUAAAUCUUAA